CUACAUUUUGUUUCUAGAGCAUGCAGCUCCUUGGUGGUUCCGAUUUUGGCUGYGAGCUGUUUCCUUGAUGUGGAGCCAGCAGCUGCCUGCUGCUCACCGAUAGUUCUACAGCUCAGAACUCCUCCUGUGUCACAUCUUGGUGCUGUUCUUGCUGAUGGAGAGAAACAGGACUUGGUAGUUCACUUGGUGGCAAAUCGUUGMGAAGAAAAGCUUUCCAGGGAUCUGGAUCAUUUUUAUCAUGGACUCCUCAUCUGUCCAGCAGGAUGUUCACUUGGAGAACAGAAACAGUAAUGGGGCUCCCAGCAGCUCCAAAGAACUCUUGGAUUGUAAAGCCAAGUCACAGCUAGUUACGACAGAUGAAAUUAAUACUACCAGUAAUAAUAUCAAUGAAGUGCCAAAUGAAGAGGGAAGUCUGGAGAUAAACARCAAAGUGGACGCCUGCCAGAAUGGGCCACAGUCGUUCUGCUCUGACUCUCCUGUAUCUUUUGAUCCCACCAGCAGUGAGCAGGGGGAGGAAUCAUCCCCAGGUGUGACUGGUUUCCAUGACAGCCUAAGGAAGUCUCAGGGAACUAGUGCUGAGGGCAUAGCUCUUAGAAAAGAAGCUUUGCAGUCUCUCAAACUAAGUCUUCCCAUGCAAGAAACUGAAUUGUGCUCAGUGGAGUCUUCACUCCCAUUGGAGAAUGAAGAACAAAUCAGACUUCAGGCAAGAAGGCGUCUGGAAGAGCAGCUCAAACAAUACCGAGUGAAGAGGCAUCAAGAAAGAUCAAGUCAGUCUACAUCCAAAAACCGUCCCUCCAGCACCCUGGACCCUGAGCUGAUGUUAAAUCCAGAAAUCCUGCCAAGAGCCAGCACUGUAGCAAUGACAAAAGAAUACUCCUUUUUGCGGACCAGCGUCCCCAGGGGGCCAAAACUGGGUAGCUUGGGACUCCCAGCAUCCUCAAAAGAGAGAAAAAGCUCAAAAUCUAAGGCCAGCAAGAUCCGGUCCUUGGCUGACUACAGAACUGAAGAUUCAGAUGCUCAGAAUGCUACUGGGAAUUGUGUGGCUACCGAUUUAUCUGGGGCAGCUCUGACACAGAGCAGAAGYGGUCCAACAUCAGUUGUUUCAGAGAUUAGUCUGCCCUCUGACAUGGAUGAUCGAAUAGAGAAUUCCUCCUUAGCAGGAGAUAGCAUUUCAGAGAUUGAUGGGAGUGAAGUGGGAAUGAGGCUGGAUGGAAAUGAGAGCGACAGCUCUACAUACAGCAGUGUGUCAGGGAAAGGGCUGUAUGGCAGUUUACAGAAUGCAGAAGGCAAACAGGAUACACCAUAUACAAUAAACGGCCAGAAGAUACAACCUGAAGCAAUGGGGCAAUUUCCCUCCAUCAGUGAGGUGCUGCAGGCGGCGGCUGUGGAGCAUCAGGCCCAAGAGCAAGAAGUUAAUGGAGAGGUACGGAGCAGGAGAGACAGUAUUUCUAGCAGUGUUUCUAUGGAAAGCUCUAUCGCAGGAACUCAUGAUGAGAUGCUGCAGGUUAUGAAGGAGAAGAUGAGACUUGAAGGGCAACUAGAAGCACUCUCACAAGAAGCUAAUCAGGCUCUCAAAGAGAAGACUGAGCUACAAGCCCAGCUUGCAGCUUUGAACAUGAAGCUUCAGGCACAGAUGGAGCACAGCCAAAACAGCCAGCAGAAGCAGGAAUCUCUAAGCUCAGAAGUGGCCACAUUAAAGCAGUCUUGUUGGGAUCUGGAACGAGCAAUGGCUGACCUGCAAAAUGCCUUGGAAGCAAAGAAUGCCAGUUUGGCUUCUUCAAACAAUGAUUUGCAAUUAGCUGAGGAGCAAUACCAGAGACUCCUGCAGAAGGUUGAAGAUAUGCAAAAGAAUGUUCUCACCAGAGACAGCACAGUUCAUGAUCUGCGGCAGCAGUUGGCUUCCUUGCAGACCCAGCUUCAGAAGGUGCAGCUGGAACGGACCACACUGACCAACAAGCUGAARGCAUCUGAAACAGAAAUCACAUCUCUCCAGAACGUGAGGCAGUGGUACCAGCAGCAGCUGGUGCUGGCACAGGAGGCCCGUGUCAGGCUGCAGAGUGAGAUGGCYAAUAUACAGGCUGGGCAAAUGACUCAAGCAGGUAUGUUGGAACAUCUCAAACUAGAGAAUGUGGCCCUGUCUCAGCAGCUGACUGAAACCCAGCACAGGUCCAUUAAAGAAAAGGAACGUAUUGCAGCACAGCURCAAAAUAUUGAGGCUGACAUGUUAGAUCAAGAAGCUGCCUUCAURCAGAUCCAGGAGGCUAAAACCAUGGUGGAAGAAGAUUUGCAGAGAAAACURGAGGAGUUUGAGGAUGAGAAAGAACAGCUUCAGAAAAUGGCUGAUUCUGCAGCAACAUUGGAGCAAGAAUUGGAACAGGUCAAGUUGACUCUGCAUCAGAGGGAUCUGCAGCUUGAAUCCUUGCAGCAAGAACACCUUGACCUAAUGAAGCAAUUGACUCUAACCCAAGAGACACUGCACACCAAAGAGCAGUCCCUGGAUGACUUGCAGACACAGUAUGAUGAACUGAAGGCCAGGUUAGAAGAGCUCCAGAGUGAUGCUACUUCUAAGGAUGACACAAUCCAGUAUUUACAGAAUGAGAAGAUUGUGUUGGAAGUUGCUCUGCAGGCAGCAAAAGCAGGUAAAGAGCAACUUGAUGAAGGAGCAGSACGCCUUGGAGAAGAUACAGAAGUAACAUCACAAAUCUUAGAGCAGCUGAARCAAGAAAUGGCAGUCAAGUCAAGCCAGGUGGAAAAUAUGCAACAAGAAAAUGCCACCCUCAAAAAACAGCUCCAAAAAGUGAAGGAACAGUUCCUGCAGCAGAAGGUCAUGGUGGAAGCCUACCGAAGAGAUGCGAGUUCCAAGGACCAGCUGAUCAGUGAGCUGAAAGCUACGAAGAAGCGGCUGGACUCGGAACUGAAGGAGAUAAAACGAGAAAUGCUGAAAAUCCAAGUUGAGAAACAGUCACUCGAAUCUGAGCAUUCAAAACUACAGAAGGAAGUGUCUCAGGUUCACCAGCAGAUGGURGAAAUAGAAAAUCACCUCCAGUCAGUGCAGAAAGAACGAGAUGAUAUGGAAAUGCGCCUACAGUCUUUGCAGUUUGAUAAGGAACAAAUGGAAUCUCUUGCUGAGGCAAAUCAGGCAUUAAAACAACAAGUAGAACAAAUGCAAGAWGAAGCAAAAAAGGCCAUUACAGAGCAGAAACAGAAAAUGAARCGUCUCGGGUCAGACCUGACGAAUGCUCAGAAAGAGAUGAAGGCAAAACACAAAGCCUAUGAGAAUGCAGUCAGCAUUCUCAGUCGGAAGCUGCAGGAAUCUCUUACUGCAAAGGAAUCCGCUGAGGCUGAGCUGAGCAAACUAAAAGCACAAAUUACUGAUGGAGGGAAUGACCAGAUUGCUCARGAGAAGAUUCAAGCUCUGAAGACAGAACUGCGAGCUGUGAGCAGCAGUAAGUUGAUGCUGGARAAAGAGUUGCAAGAAGUCAUUUCACUGACCAGCCAGGAGCUUGAAGAAUACAGAGAGAAAGUGCUGGAACUUGAGGAUGAGCUUCAAGAAUCUAGAGGCUUCAGGAAGAAGAUAAAACGUUUAGAAGAAAUUAAUAAGAAGUUGGCCCUGGAACUGGAACAUGAACGUGGAAAACUUACAGGUCUCAGUCAGUCCAACGCUGCUUUGCGGGAGCACAAYAAUAUCCUCGAAACAGCAUUAGCAAAAAGAGAGGCAGACUUGGUACAACUCAAUCUACAGGUUCAGGCAGUCCUAAAGCGGAAAGAGGAAGAGGAUCAGCAAAUGCAACAACUUAUUCAAGCUUUACAAGCUUCCCUAGAGAAAGAAAAGUUAAAAGUUAAAGACCUUCAGAAGCAGGAAGCAGCAGCCAAAGCAGAUGCAGCYCACAACCGGCGACACCACCGAGCAGCGAUGCUUGAGCUCAGUGAGAUCAAGAAGGAGCUCCACGCCAAAGAACUGCUGGUCCAGGCCCUGCAGGCUGAGGUGGACAAACUGCAGGUAGAGGAUGAAAAACAUUCCCAGGAAGUAUCUCAGUUUCAGCAAGAGCUGGCAGAAGCCAGAUCUCAGCUCCAAGUUCUGCAGAAAAACCUGGAUGACAAGCUUAGUGAACAGCCUCUAGUGAGCCAAGAGGUCGAAGACCUGAAGUGGGAAGUAGAACGAAAAGAAAGAGAAAUUGAAACACUUAAGCAGCAGCUGGACAUGACUGAACAGCGCAGCCACAAGGAGUUAGAAGGGAUACAAGUUGUCUUGCAGAAUAUCAAGACAGAGUUGGAAAUGGUGAGGGAAGACCUGUCAGCGACUCAGAAGGAUAAGUUUAUGCUGCAGGCUAAAGUGACUGAACUGAAGAACAGCAUGAAGUCACUGCUGCAGCAAAACCAGCAACUGAAGUUGGACCUGAAGCAUGGCAAGAUGAAGAAGAGGAAAGAAUUGAAAGGUGAGAAUAACUCUUCCAAUCCUGUGACUCCAGUCAAGAUUCCUGACUGUCCAGUGCCUGCUGCCUUGCUGGAAGAACUGCUGAAACCAUCAACAGCUGUGAGCAAGGAGCCUUURAAGAAUCUGAACAGCUGUCUCCGGCAAUUAAAGCAAGAAAUGGACAGCCUUCAGCGCCAGAUGGAGGAACACACCAUUACAGUACAUGAAUCAAUGUCCUCAUGGACUCAGAUCGAGGGCAAGUUAAUGGACCUUACUUCUACAAGUCMUACAGCUGCAUCAGACAAGCAGGAGAUUCCUACUGCAGAUGAAAAGAAAGAGAAUUGUAGUGUUAGUGACAAGGAAGCUUUGACACUAUAACCUCCUUAUUAGUUGUCUUUCUUCCUACUGCUUUAAGUAUAUAAACAAAUCUUUAUAAAAAUUAUUUAUUUCAUUUUUUUUAAAUGUUCAGAGUUGUGCUUUUGCCUGUAGAAGCAAAAGGCACUGAUUUGAGAAACUGAUGUAAUAGUAAAUGCAGAAUGUGCUAUUCUGAGGGUUUGUUUGAAACCUUGCCAUAACAAUUCUGUCAUGUUGGGUACUGCCAAGUGGUGAAUAUAGCUCAUUUGAGGGUUUAGUAAGAGAUUCAGAUGAAGGUUUAAAAUGAGGUCAAGAGGAGCAUCUGGUUCCAAGUAUGUAAUUGUUCAAUCUGGGUGAGUUUGUUAAAGAAUUACUGUUAAUUAUAUAACAUCUAGGUUUUCUUGUUUGGGUUUUUUUUUUUUAAUUUGUGGGAGUAGGAUGUAUUUUUUCCCCCAUCUUGGGUUGUAGCCAAACUACAGGGAAAAAUAAGUUCUUACCAUGUUCAGUCAUUAGCAGUAAUUGAGAACUGGAUAUGCUGACCAUUGCCUUUCCCUCCAAUAACCUCUUAUCCUUGAAGCUCAGAUAAUAAAUACCUGUAUUUGAAGGAAAGAAGUCAUUGUUAGGCCAUUUCCAGUUUUGAAGAUGACCUCUGACCUAUAGCAAAAGAAACAAGCCUGUAAAGACAAGCAGUGCAGAGCAGUUGGUAUCUUUGGCAGGUUUGCCUGGAAUGUUUGCUGAUGUUUUUCUCUUACAGUCACAGGCCAGUAGUGAGCUUUGCUUCACUGCACAAAUACUUUGCACCUUUUUAUUUCAAGUUUUGAAGUAGACACCCUUACAAAAGUAUGUGUGUAAAAUACAUAUAUAUAUAUAUAUAUAUAAGAAAAAAAAUCAUAAUUUUCUGACUUUGAAUAUCUGGUUUAAUAUGCUUAUAUACUGUAAGUUAAGGCUACAAUGAGGGGUUUUGUUACUGUCAUUGUUUUAAUGUUACAUUUAAGUUUGCUCUUCUUCGACAUACUGUACAAAUGGCUKAGGGAAAUUAGCCCCUAAAGCCAGAGCUUUUAGAAAUUUAAUUAUUUUUAAAGACAUAAUUAUAAUGCCUAUAAAAUUAUUAUUUUUAAUAGCUUUAUCUUCUCCCACACACUUACUCUACUUUUGCACCCUCUAUUACAAGAUGUCCACCAUGAAUGGAAGUGUUGCUACUGUGGCAGCCCCUCUGCAGAACACCUUGACUAAGUUAUUUUUAAAGCAGCUCACUUUAGUUUCCUUCAUCUUUGGUCCUGUUGCUCCAUGUGGCUCAGAGUACAGUGAUAAGCCAGCCCUCUCCUCACUCARAAAUUCAGUGUGGGGGGCCUGUCUUGCCUAAUCUGCUGAGUGCUAAAGCACAAAUCAAAAUACAUGUAACACUGGCUGGAAGAUUUAGUGGCAACUCAUGUACUAGAAUGUUUUUGUCCUUAAAGCAUAAACCAAGUCAAUUAUAUCCACUACAGUUCGGUGUUUACAGGAAAAAAAUSUAGUUAAAGUACAAGUGGAUUCAGAGGCUGUUAAAAAAACUUCCAGUUCAUGUAUUUUUCCCAAGAAGCCAUUGCUGGUUUUGGGUUUGGUUUUGCAGAGGAGGGGGAAGGAUAUUGCAUUUUGUUUAGCAGUGAGGUGAAAAAUAAAUAAACAAAAACCCCAAAUCCACCUAUAUUUAUCCAAAGUCUAAUUUCUCAUAACUACAAUGUCAAUCUUUAGUCCAGUUGAACACUCUGCACUUAAAGUAUUUAUACUGAAUGAUUUCAUGCCUCACAGCUACUGGAUUUUAACUUACAUUUUAUUGRUAUCAAAGUCAAGUGAUACUGACAGUCAAGGUUUUGAAAUUGGUGAAGGAAGAAAUGCAUUGGUGUGGCAUUAGGUGCCCAUCAUACGAAUUUACCAAACAGUUCAAAGGCUUUACAGACUAGCUUAGACAUGUCUGCACACUGCUGCAGUCUGCUUUGUAGAGUAAAUGGUACUGAUUAUCUUGCUGUUGUCAUGUUCUUGAAGUUGCCUGUAUAUUAAGCUCAAAGAAGAAAAUAACCAAACCACAGUAUUGUUAAAAAAGURAAACUGUAAUGAAUAAUAUAUUCAGUACAAAAAACUACCAAAUGUCCAGGAUUUAAAAUACUACUUGUGCAGCGUUAAUGUUGCUGUUCAGUUUAUUAAAUACRUUGCCUACAGUUCAGAAUCCACUAUGUUUUAAUCUGUUAGGUUGGCAAUGGUUAUAUGGAUAAAGGUUUUAUCUGGUAUCAAAGACGCCAGAAUUUUUAGAAACCUUCCUAGUUGUUCUGAAUGUCAGCUCUCCUUUUUSCAUCCAUUCUGCUUCCUGCUGCAGUGUCUCAUUAGCUCCUGAAGACAUCUGAGUUUGURCAAUCACGUAGCCUUAGAUGUGCGUUUUCCCUUUCCAAGAAGAGGGAACUGUUGUGGAUUAGAUUCCUGUAUUGACCCACCUGCUUCUGGAAGUACCUGGACACUGGGUAUUGUCCUAUUAUAUUCACCAUGUGUUUGUUCUAUAAACAGAAACACCUUGUCAUUUACUUAAAUGAAGGACAGGCAGUGAGACUUGAGGGUCUAAAUCUGGUGAGGUACUAAGUCAAGUUACAGAAGUCACUGGGAAGUCUUCUAGAAGGAGCAUGCAGUGUGUGAUAAAAGCAAGGCCUUUUCUUUGAAGCUCAUCAGCUAUGUUUUUAAUUACCCAGAGAAAUAGUUGCUGCUUUAUUAAAAAGCCUCACCCUGAGGCUGAGCAUGCUCAGUCUACAACGCUUCAGGACUCUGCUGUCUAGGCAAUAAAAUAAAUUAGUUGAAGGSAUGAAAACUGCCUCCCCUCUGCCUGUCACAGCACUGCCAAAUAAUCAGGAGAAUCUGAAGAAUAAUCUCUUAGAAAUUUAUUUUCCUUUCUCGAGCACUGCUAUAGAAUGUAUUUUCUGUGUUUCUUCAGUGGUUGCUACCUACUAAACCAAGUCUGGUUAAUGAAGGAGAAAUGUCACUGCAAUGUGAGAACGUUCCCAAGUGCUGAAAGCUGGUAAAUGCUGCAGCGUUAUUUUUUCUGACGCUGUUGAGUUAYUGAGGGCUCUUGAAUAACUGUGCAUUUAAAAAAAAGUCACAACAAAGACCAGCAAACC